CUGAGCGGAACACUGUUUUUCGGGGCAAAAGCUGAAACUUCAGUUUUGCCUGUGACCUCUGCAGUGGGUUUGCUAGGCGGAGAUGGAGGUUUGGCUUCAAAUAAAGAAGAGACUGGUGUAAGGCUUGGAAAGUUGGCUGGCAAUACUGGACAUUACAUCACCACAGUGGCUUGCUAGAAGAUGACCAUAGAAGAUCUUCCAGAGCCUUCCUUAGAAGGAGAUUCUUUGAAUCGGAGAAAUCCAUUUUUGUUCCCUGGCUCAGAAUCAUCAGUUACUUUUUCAGUUGCUGCAGCACCAAUGCCUUCAGACUGUGAGUUCUCCUUCUUUGAUCCUAAUGAUGCAGCAUGCCAAGAAAUUCUUUUCAACCCCAAAACAUCAGUUUCUGAAUUGUUUGCCAUCUUAAGGCAAUGGGUCCCACAGGUCCAGCAGAACAUUGAUAUCAUUGGGAAUGAGAUCCUUAAGAGAGGCUGCACUGUGAAUGACAGAGAUGGACUGACUGAUAUGACUCUCUUACAUUAUACCUGUAAAUCUGGGGCUCAUGGUAUUGGUGAUGUUGAGACUGCUGUGAAAUUUGCUUCUCAACUUAUUGAUCUGGGUGCAGAUAUCAGUUUGCGUAGCCGUUGGACAAAUAUGAAUGCUUUGCAUUAUGCUGCCUACUUUGAUGUUCCGGAGCUCAUUAGUAUCAUUUUGAAAAAUGCGAAGCCAAAAGAUGUAGAUGCCACCUGCAGUGACUUCGAUUUUGGAACAGCUUUGCAUAUUGCUGCAUUUAACCUGUGCACAGGAGCUGUCAAGUGUUUACUGGAACAUGGAGCAAAUCCUGCCUUCAGGAAUGACAAAGGCCAGAUUCCAGCAGAUGUGGUUCCUGAUCCAGUGGAUAUGCCAUUGGAGAUGGCAGAUGCAGCAGCCAGUGCAAAAGAAAUCAAACAGAUGCUGUUGGAUGCAGUGCCUUUAUCAUGUGACAUCUCCAAGGCCAUGCUUCCAAACUACGAUCAUGUCACUGGCAAAGCCAUGCUUAUGUCGCUUGGACUGAAACUGGGAGAUCGUGUUAUCAUUGCAGGACAGAAGGUUGGUACAUUAAGAUUUUGUGGUACAACAGAAUUUGCCAGUGGACAGUGGGCUGGCAUAGAACUGAAUGAACCAGAAGGAAAGAACAAUGGAAGUGUUGGAAAAAUCCAGUAUUUCAAGUGUGCAGCAAAAUGUGGCAUCUUUGCACCCCUUUCUAAAAUAAGUAAGGCUUCAGAUCACAAGAAGAAUCCUGUAAGAAGUCCUUCCACACAAUCUUCACCUUUGGUCAAAUCCAAGAAAAUUGAUGUAACACGCAUAACUUCUAAGGUGAAUACUGGUUUAGCUGCAUUAAAAAAAGAUAAUGGUUCUGAAUCUAACUUUUUGGCUACUGAAGGAAUAAAAGCAAUGUCUGGGAAAGGAGCUUUUUCUGGCUCCAGUAGCUCUUCUUCUACUACUUCUUUAGAGACUAAACAUAAUCAUCUCCCAAAAAGGAGUUCAACCAACAGUAAUAAGAAGGCAGCGACUAAAGUAACUUCCAUCUCAUCUAAAACCAGUACUGGAUUGAAUAAUGCUUCUCCAGCUACAAGAAAAAACCCUUUUGAUGAAGGAGAAAUUCAGCUUGGAGACAGGGUGCUGGUAGUUGGACAGAGAACUGGCACUGUUAGAUUCUAUGGGUCAACAAAGUUUGCGCCAGAAUAUUUCUUGAAAUUGCAGCUGCAUGGAGAAGGAAUUGCUUCCUCUGUAUUUGUGAUUAUUGACUCAAAUCAAAGAGAUCGCAUCCAGAAAAAGGAAAAUCUUAUUUCUUGGUUUGGUGAAAAUCCUCUUAUUUAUAAAUUAGGGUUUUGGUGUGGUAUUGAACUGGACAAACCUCAUGGCAAGAAUGAUGGUUCAGUUGGAGGGGUGCAGUACUUUAGCUGCCUCCCUAGAUACGGCAUAUUUGCACCACCAUCUCGUGUGCAGAGAUUAACAGGUUCCCUAGACUCCCUCACAGAAACUUCCUCAGGUAAAAUGAAUCAGUCUUUCCCAGGUUUUAAACGAAGUUUGAGUACAACUUCUGCAUCUUCUCAAAAGGAAAUGAACAGGAGGCAUACCUUUGUCAGAUCUAAGAGCUCUGUGCUUCGGCGCAGCUGGAGUAACACCACUACAGCUAACACUGAGGGACCGGUGAAGCUACACGAGGGUUCUCAGGUCCUUCUAACCAGCUCUAAUGAGAUGGGCACUAUUAGGUACAUUGGUCCUACUGACUUUGCACCAGGGAUAUGGCUUGGACUUGAACUCAGAAGUGCCAAGGGGAAGAAUGAUGGAACUGUGGGUGAGAAGCGGUAUUUCACUUGCAAGCCAAACCAUGGAGUCUUAGUUCGACCUAGUAGAGUAACAUAUCGUGGGAUUAAUGGGGCAAAACUUGUGGAUGAUAUUUGCUGACCCUAAAUGCAUACAACAAGUGAGCCAAGUGCUGAUGCAGUGGAGUAGAAGGAUUAAAGCACUCAAAAGAACCCCAAACUUGUCUGCAUGGACCGCUGGCUUUUUUUUAUCUUCAGAGUUAAACCUGUAUUUUUGCAAUUCAUGCCAAUAUCCUUAGGCUCUAAGUAGUCACACCAAGGAGUGAAAUUAAUAUUUCAUUUCAUGCAUUUGAAACCGUCCUUGCUUUGGGAAUAUAUUGUAAAACUGUCUUAGGUCUGAGAUGCCAUAUUUGAAUAAUAUUCAAAGAUAAAGGCAUAUCUGAUGCUUGAUGAAAUCACAAAGCUUUAGAGAGCAUGUUACUUUUUUCCAACUACUAAUGAGCUUGAUAAUGCUUUAUAUACUGCUUUUUGUGACAGAGGAGUUUACUAACAAGUGACAUUAGUCCGUUUACUAGACACUUUGUCCAUUGCUGCACCAGCUGGUAGCAAUAAGCAGGAAAAAAGAAAUUACUUUUUUCCCCAAAUUGGCUGUGAAGCAGUUUAGUAUUUUAUCAUUCAGAAAAAUUCUACCCUUUGAAAGGGUGUAUGGGUUGAUGGCAAAAGAAGGUAAAUGGAAGAAUUUACUGCUACAGUGGUAUGGAACUAAAAAUCGCCAAUUUACCAUGUUUCAGGUUUGUAGUAAAGCACUUUUCAUCGUAGGCUUUUGUGAAAAGACAGUAAAAACAUGCAAGAAGCACUUUUUAAAAUAUAAUGCACUUUUCCUCUCCCCUCUGGAGAGCUAUCCCCCAUUUCUUGAAGAAUUUCUUUUUCGCUGCAAGCUAACAUUUUUAAUGAAUAUGAAACUAAGGUUGGAUCAUAUAUAGUACCUGCAUUAUAAAUAUUAAGUCUUUAUAGUCUGUGCUGUGCAGAACUUACAUAUAUAUCUGUUUUAAAGCAAGCUUGUCACUUUUUAUUGGUUUGUACCACGUCCAUCAGAACAGGUCCUUUUUUUCCUACAUUUGCCAUUUUUAUAUUUCUAAUUUGUCUCUAAAUGUAUAAGUAUUGGUUAAAUUUAGUAUCUCUUUAGAUACAAUACUGAAACUCUUAUUUUAUUUUAAUGCAAUAUGGUCUUUUAAACAACUGAAUAAGAAUGUGUCUGUCUCUUUAAAUAAGUUUUUUUUUUUUUAAACUGUUUGGCAUACAUUAACAGUAUUUCACUACAGGUAUUCAGGAGCAUAAAUAUCCCAGAAACAGUAAUUUAGCACAGGACUGUCUUCUGAAUGAACUGUUUGUUUGAAUGUCACUUACAUGAAAAGCAUAACACAGUAUCCCAUCUUUAGGCUGAAUUCUGCAGUUUAUACAAAGUAUGUGAUAUUUUAAAUAUUGUUAUAGUUAUUUUUUUCUGAACUGUAUUAAGAUUGCAUAUUAAUUCUAACUUAUGGAAAUUUUUAAUAGAAGAUAAUUGUAAAUAUUGAAUGUAAACAUUUUAUAAAACCAUCUAAAUUAUUGCUUUAUUGUUUGAAGACAGUUGCGGUGUCUAACAGCUGUUUCCUUUGUGUUUUUUUCCUGCCAUUAGUAAAAUCAAAUAUCAGUG